GGGAACAAAAGGGAAGCAGCUGCUGAGCCCGCGGGAGGAGGGGGCCGGGACCCACAGAGUCCAGAGGCCCAGAGGCCCAGAGGCGGGGGGCAGAGGGGGGCAGAGACCCCCCGGGGACAGUCCACAGGGGGCAGCCCGGGAUACACCCCCCCCGGGGACUGAGGGUCCAGGAUGGACCAGCAGACGGAGAGAGGGGACAGGGGCAGGGGCGUCAGGGCCCAGGACCAGGCCAGCCAGGGAGUGGCGGCAGGGAUGGAGGGCUGGGACGGAGGGUGUGAAGGCAGGGAGAGGAGAGAAAGAGAAAGAGGAAGAGGAAGAGGAAGAGAAGGAGACGGGGAGAGGGGUCCAAGUCGAGGAGGAGACGCAGGAGGAGGGCAGCGAGCGACAGAGGGCCAGCGGGGCCUUUGAAGAAGGAGCCGGUGGCGCGUCCCCAGGGCCGGGGUCCGGCCAGGCCGCCGGCUGCGCGGGCGGCCCCAGCGGCGCGAGCAGCUCGAGGCGGGACCCUGGCAUGCAGGCCCUGGAGGACCUCCCGAGACCCGCCCCCCAGUGGAGCCCGGAGGAUGAGGACGAGGCUGCCCAGGAGCAAGGCCGGCAGGACAGGGACAGCCUGCGGGCCCAGGACCAGGACGGCGGUGGCCGGUCCCCGGAGUCCCCGGAGUCUCCAGAGUCUCCGGAGCAGGAGAAGCUCCUGACGCCCUCGGAGUGCCCCGGCCUGGACGAGGAUGAGGGGUUCAGCGACUGGGCCCAGAGGCCGGAGCCGCAGCCGUCCCCUCAGGCAGAGGGUGCGGAGGACGAGGCGGCGGACGGGGACAGGCCCUGCGGGGACCAGGGAGGUGACCAGCUGAGCCCCACCGGAGCCCGCCUGGAGGGGCUGUGUCUGAGCCCUGGCUCCGAGCCCCUGGAGGGGCCGGGGUCGGAGGGCGCGGAGCCUGUGGGCCCUGAGGAGACCAGUGGGAGCAGCCUGGGCCCCGAGGCGGAGGAGCAGCCCCAGGAAUGCCAGCAGCGCGGGACCCCGAGCCCCUUGGUCCUAGAGGGGACUGCAGAGCCCGGCUCGCCUCCCCUGAGCCCCAGCAGCAACAUCGUCGACCGGACCGAGUGCCUGAACCGCUCCAUCCAGAAGAGUAACAGCGUGAAGAGGUCCCAGCCCGUCCUGCCUGUGUCCAAGAUCGACGAGCGGCUGGAGCAGUACACCCAGGCCGUCGAGACCGCUGGCCGGACCCCCAAGCUGGCCCGUCAGCCCUCCAUCGAGUUGCCCAGCAUGACGGUGGCCAGCACCAAGAGCCGGUGGGAGGCGGGGGAGGUGCAGACUCAGUCUCCGGCCAAGGGCCCCUCCUGCAAGGACAUCGUAGCUGGGGACAUGAGCAAGAAGAACCUCUGGGAGCAGAAAGGAGACUCCAAGACGCCCACGGCAGCGAAGGGCACCCCAUCUGGGAAGAGGUACAAAUUCGUGGCCACUGGACACGGGAAGUACGAGAAGGUGCUGAUGGACGAGGGCUCCGAGCCCUAGGCCUCCCUCCUGAGUCCCGAGGCCAGGCGCCGCCGGCUGCCGUCUCCUGCCACACGCCCCGUCCACGCUCCCGGGGGCACGUCUGCCCGAUGCCCACCCCCUGCCCCGCCGAAGACGCUGCUGCCCGCGGCCCACCUGCCUGCCCACGCCCCUCCACGGGCUGCCGCUGCUGCCCCCGCCGUCCCCCACGCUCCCUCCCCCGCCGGCUCUGCCUCUGCCGGCCGGGGAGGCAAGGGAGUCCCCCCACCCCGAUGCUCGGCUGAGGGGGCUGACCCCACGGAGGCCGAGCAGAGACAGGGCGCCCGCCAGGCCUCACCCCCGGCCGGGAGCCCCCGAGGCCCGUGCAGGGCGCUCAGGCCAGUGCCCCCCCCCGCCCCGUCCC